GCAGGCCGGCAGGUUUUGUACUCGGAGUCGGAGGUUUUUUGUAUUUUAUAAAAAUUGAUUUAGAAAAAUGUUAGAUAGUAUUUUAAUUGUUAAUUAUUAAUUUGUUGUUUUAAGUACUGAAUCUUGUUCUAAACUUUAACCAAAAUGAGUACCGGUGAAUUAACAGACUGUUGCAUUUAUUUAGAAAGUGAUAAAGUAUCUGAAAGAAAAAAGUAUUGCACAAAACUAAAUUCUAUCUUGGAAAUUCAAGAAUCUACCAAUAUAUUAAACCGCGGAAAACCCGUCUCUUGGAAGAGACUUAUAAAAUCUUUGCAGAAAUGUAUUAAGAAGGAUGCCGAGAAAACAUUUGAAGAUUCCAAGAAAAAGAGUGGUUCAAGCAAUGUUCCUGCAAAUUAUUUAAGUAUUGAAUUGUUUGUUCAAGUUGUUACCAAGGCCAUUAAAGAAGAUGGAGAAAUAAAUAUCAAUGAGUUGGUUAGAUAUAUACUAGGAUGCAUGGAUGAUAUCCAGAUGAAAAAAUGCUAUGAAAAACAGUUGUUAGAUAUUUUACAGAAAUGUAUAUUGUCAAAUUCCAAAUGUAGAGGAGCUCUAGAAGAGGAGGAUUGGGAAGAAAUAUACUGUAAGUUGAAGCGUUUACUAGAAGAAUACAAUGAUAAUUUAGUUGUCUCUCACUGUUUUAUGAUUCUAAUUAAAUACGGUCCAACACAUGGACUUCCUCCUAGACUGCUGAGAAAAGAAUUUGACUUUAUGACAAAGAUUUGUCAAAAGGUAACACUAAGGUCACCAAAGUCUAUUCAAGAAGACAUCAUAGAGACUGCCCUCGACUUUUGCAAACACACUGCCAAAGAUAAUCGUGUAUCAUGUUGCAAAUUUGGAGAAGAAAUAUUCACAUCUUUAUCAGGUUUAUAUGAAAUGAAUGGAAAACCUGAAAAAACAAAGGAACUUUUAGUACAAUUUUUCCUCUUCCAAAUGAUAAUCCACCAUCCGAACGGUGUUCCAGAAGGCCAUAGCGCAGCUUACGCCAAUAGUUGGGACAACUGGAAGAAAAUCGUAAAAACUAUUUACAGUAUAAUCUCAAAAGAAAUUAGUUUAUAUUUUAAGUGUUAUCAAAAAAACAGGUCCUUUUUCAAACAAGAAAAUGGGGGGACGAGUUUAUGCUCAGUUUUUUCCAGACUUCACGCAGAAACAGUCAAACAGCUGUUCAUGUGUCCAGAUUUAGAUGUCAGUAUGUCAAUCGACUGUUCCUAUAAUCCAUCACAAAAAAGGCAAAAAGUAAAUUUAAGUAUGAGAGGAUUAAUUGAUCAGAUUCAAGACUCCAAAAAUUGGUUAUGGAUACAUCUUGUAAGGUGCUUGAUCCAAAUUCAUCCCAGUGUUAUAGAAAUAGAUGACUAUGUUGCUCUCCUAGAAAUAUUAUCUUCGAUUCAAAUUGAAAAGAAUGAACAUGACAUCGUUGAAAAUGUCUAUUAUUGUUUAUCGACAAUGCUGCACAUGGAAAAUAGUUUGGAAGUAGGAUUCCACCAAGAGAAAUUAACAAAGUUGUGGAAGAUUAUCGGAGAAAAUACUACUAGGGCAUUUGGCUUAAACCAACACAAAGACGCCACCGAAGCCCUCUUAGAAGAAUUAAUCGGCAGAGGAAUAGUAGACUUCGAUGACAUUCUUCCAACAUACCAAUCUGACGUCAUCAACUUAUCACUACAGAGCAUCAGAACGUACAACGCUGGCUUACAUCACAUGAUCCUGAACAACGAUCUGCAGAAGAAAGAGUGUAUAAUAAGAAGCGUACUAAAACCCCAGACUCACACAGGAUGUCACUAUCUUCGCAGUAAAGAUACCGCCGCAUUCCUAGUAAGACUGAUUUUAAAACAGUGGCAAUCCAAAGACCAACAACCAAAAAGUGAAGCAGUAGACGAGUAUGACAGAUUAAAAGAAAUUUAUUUUAAGUCGUUGUUGGACGAGGAAACAUUGACAUUAACAAGUAGCAUCCAAACUACGGAUGUUAAAGCUUCCCCAGAUAUACAGCGAGAAUGUGUUACGCUGCUAGCUACAAUGGCUUCAAAUUUUGUAACAGAUAAUGACAGUGUAGAAGUUUUGCUAAGUAAAAUCGCGCUCUUGGUGAAUAUUGCUAGCUGUGUGACGGAGUACCAGAUAAUGUCCGAAGAAGAUAGUAAAAGUUGCUGGUUUGAAAUGAUAAAAGGACUUUUCGAAGCUGAUACUCUUACGGAAUUCAAUUUGACUGAGUAUAAAAGCGAGAGAGAAAUCAAAAGACUUAUAGAUUGCGUUAAUAUUCUGAAUGACUUAUUUUCAUUGGAUGUUGCUAAGUGGACAAUGGAUAAUCUCAAGGAAUUGUUUCCGUUUCAGUUGUUAAAAAAGCUUUUUGACGUUUUAAAUCGCCUACAAAUCGAUCAAAAUAGAAGUUCCACAUUGCUUCCAAAGUUGAAGAUAUGUAUUCUUCAAGCUUUGUCAAGUUUUGGAUGCCUUUGUGGAAACGUUCUAAGCACAAAUCAAAAGAACGUGUUGGAAGUAUUAGCAGUGCCUAAUUACAGCAACAAUAACGACGAUGAUUACAAAUUGUGUAUGUCGUUUCUCAAAACGGUAACAUUAUCCCAACCAGGAGUUUUGACUGACAAUAUUCUCGAAAACGUCUUACAGUGCAUUCAAGAGUUGUGCAUGGAGAGAUAUCAGGAUAAGGCAGAAGAUAUACUACAUAUGUUACAUGGUAUGUUUCCCCACAUAGCUAAAUGUAGAAAUAUGGAAUUCAAAAAUUUAUCUGUGAUGCUGCUGAAACCUUUUUAUGACAACAUCAAAAGAUAUGGGCCUAGUGUGAAGUUGGCUCUACUCAAUUGUCUACAAAAACUGUGUGAGCUGGAUCCGUGCAGCACUUUCACAAAGUGGGAAGGUACCGAAAUAAUCCGGUUCGUCCCGGAUUUUUUGAUAAGUGAUUACCAGGAAGUGCGAUUGAAGUCAAUCGAUGUCUUGGUCACUUACUACAACAAGAACUCCGAUACUAGCAAUAUUGAAGACAUCCACAGACAAGAAGAAAUAUUUGUGAAAGUCUACGAAAUGAGUGUAUCUGUCUUUAACAUAGACGAAAUAACGACAAAUGAAAGAAGAGUAGACGAAGUCAUCUCUAGAACAGCUAGCGUACUACUUACUUUUGGAGAAAUAGCAACAAACUGUGAUAAUUGGAUAGAAGAAAGUAUAUAUUCGCUGAUGAAAAUAGCAUAUACUAAAAAUAUCGAUUCCUUGGAUAAAAUAAUUAAAAUUAUUAACAAGCGAAAGUUUCAAGACUUGGAAAGUAACAUAUUAGAAACAUACAUUUCCUAUCUGAUUCAAAAAUGGUGCGCCGAUGGCUAUUCGUUCGAAAAUUUCCAGUAUACACUAUUCAACUGUUCCACGAAAUACGAAUUUUUCAAAAAAUACUUCUCCAAAUGUGCUCCAAUCUUGAUGACCACUGACGCCGCUGACGAUAUUAUGAAAGUUGCUAAAGAACUUCUAGCAACAGAUACGAAACUUGUCGAGAAAACUGCAGCAAAAAUAUUUACUCGUAUCAUAUGCUCCGAUCUUGACAAUAUGACAGCUAACAUAUUGGUCAAAAACAAGAGCUUGCUCCAGUAUUCCAAGGUAAUGGAGCACACAUCUCUAAAGGAUGCUUUACAAAAUAAUUUAGAUCAAAUUGUAGUAGGAAUAUUGGAAUUUUUAACUGACGAAAAUGGUAUAAAGUCUCAUUUUGGAGAAACUGUGAUAUUUUUCGUAAAGAACCUUAGUUCAGUUGAUGUCGGGAAAUGUUUCAAAUUUCUGGAAACAUUCCUUUGUAACAAUGAACCCCUAGCGAACUUCUUAACAAGCUCAAAUCUUUCUAAGUUCGAAAACGUCCUACUUGAACUUAAAUGUAACAUAUACAAGAGCCAAGUCUUCAUGGACAAACUAAAAUGCCUCUACGCUUACAGGUUUUUUGUAAACAUGAUCACGAGCGUGCUAACACCCGACAGUUCCUGGAGAUAUUUUUUUAUAAGGGAUGUGAUAAACACGCUGUUUAAUAUUAUCGACAAUAAUCAAGACUGUACAAGAAUUGAAACCGCAACAUUCAGAUUCUUAAAUAACUUUCUCAGACAGAUUUUUAAAUUUUUGGCCACUAAGGAUUUCUUUCACGAUACUGUAAGCUCUUUGAAAAAGUUUUACGUUACCAAAAGUAGUAUCAAUAAAGAGUGUAAGGAACUGUUGGUGUUUUUGGUAGUAGACAAUGCCAGAUAUUUUGAAGAACAAAUUAAAACUUUGGACAGCUUUCCUGAUCAUGAAGACUUCUAUGCAAUAAGAAAACUACAGAAAAAGAUAAAGUACGGCGACCAGGAACCUGGAGUUGAGGAGGAGAUCGAACAGUUUCUGAAUCACAAAGAUAUUUUAACAAAAGGAGAUAGCUUGCAUCAUUUGCGAGAAAUAUUGUGCGACCAAAAAGAUAAAUUAACUGGAUUAUACGACAAAUUGCAAAAUAUUAGAGGUUUUUCGGAGGACUGUGAGCAGAGUUUGGUGCAUAGAUUGGUCUGCACACUGUCCCAAUUGAGUUAUUCAGCUGACCAAAAUGUGAGUUUCGAAGCUGCAAGAUGCCUAGGUGAAAUAGGUCCGAUAAAUUUACACACUUUAGUUUUGCAAGCGGAAAAAAACCUGGUUCACGUUCGACAGUCUCCGUUUGAGGUUAUAUGCGGCACCAGUAUUUUCCUGUUAACUAAGUACCUUAUUGACUGUGAUGAAGAUGUGAUACGGAAAUCUAGUAAAAUGUUAUAUGUGGCGUUGGAAACCAAAGAAGGAAAGAAACUUGUAGGUGAAGGUGCUGACUUGGGCUACGGUCCUAUAAACAAAAAUUACGUCAUUCCAUAUUAUCCUACAUCUUCCUCGCGACCUCAAAAAGUUAAUGUUGAUUUAAACGGAUUUAUAGAAAAAAUUGACUCGGACGAACUUUGGUGUCCACGGCAGAAUGUUACCCACAAUUCUUGGAUAAAUUUAUUAAUCUCAAGUAUGUUAGAGACUUUUGUCUCUAAUGACUUUUUAAAUGGACUUAAAGAAAUUUGCAAAUCUAAGGUCGAAUUCUCUGAACAUCUGUUACCACUUGUAGUGAAUUUAUUAGUGUCGGUUGGCCAUAGAUCAGUAAUCACCACAUUGUCCAAAAAUAUCGAGUACUUUUUCUCUGAGCAUUGGAGAUUGACAGUACGAGAAAACACAAAAGAAGAAUUAAUCGCAGUCAACAAAAAAUCUGUUAAAUGUAUGCUGAACGUGGUGAAUUAUGUACGUCUAAUGAAAAAUUGCAAUCCUUACAAAUCCAGACCACUUGAUGAACUGACAGUCAACAGUCUUAAGGUAGCAAAGGCCGCAGCGUUUUGCGCCAAUCAUUUUUGUGCCCUGUACUAUUCAGAAUUAUGGUGUCAACAAAUCGUCGAAAAUCUUCAAAGUGAAAACCCUGUAUAUUGCGAACAACGCUCCACUAUGAUCGAUUUCAUAUACGAACAUGAGGAACCGGAAGUAGGAGAGACUUUACACAAUAUUUUAAGAAAUGCUUACAAAUCCAUUGGAGACUUCGAUGCUCUACCAGGCUGUGGAAUUUCAUUUCUCCUUCAACCGAAAUACCGAGUCGAACAUUACAAAGAACAAGGCAAGUUCGACCAAGUCAUUCAAUUCUAUGCGAACGCGACUACAUCUCUUGGUUCGUCCUCGAAAGAAUUGAUGGAUAGCUUCAAGAGCAACAGCUUGUAUCAGAUCCCCGUAAUUUGUUCUAAAUUAGACGAGCCCGAAUAUGAGUGUUUGUGGAGGUUGGGGCACUGGAGCUUCGAGGAGAAAAAACGAAAUGUGAACAAGACUACGAUAGUUCAUGAAGAUUUUGAGAAAUACAGGUUUUAUUCUCUAAAGGCAUUACACGAUAAUAACCAAUGUGCUUUCGAGGAGUCAUUUAACUGUCAACUUUUGAACGUGGUGAAUGAUAUAAAGAACAUCAGUUUGGAAAGCAGUCACAACUUGUAUCCAGCUUUAACCCAACUGCAGUCCUUAGUGGAGAUCGAAGAUUUUUACUGUUUUGUGAAAAAUGGAAAUCGAGCUCCAUUGACAUCGAAGUGGAAGCUACAAGAUAAAUUUAUUAGAAAAAACGAUUUUCAAUAUGUAGAGCCGAUAUUUACUCAGCGGUUGGUUAUGUUGAGGGAUUACCUACAAAAAGAGGCAAACGAUGACGUUAUGCGACAAUAUGUGAUUGAUUUGAGCUUGGACUUCGCAAAUCGGGCCAAAGACGAAGGACACUUCAAAGAAAGUUCAACAAUUUUGGAAAAUUUGAAAGGAAUUUCUGGAUUAAAUAGCGAAACUCUGAGCAAAAUUGAUCUGGUGGACGUUCAGCUGUCAUGGUCAGUCAACAAUACACUUGUCGCUAGACAGAUACUCAAUAGGUUGUGCAAAAGCGACCAAAUAAGUCCUAGAUUAAAAGCGACCGCUUUGAAGUUGACAGGCCAGUAUUUGAGUGAAACCAACGCAGAAAAUAGCUCCACUAUUAUCUCAGAUUAUUUUCUCGCCUCGAUUCAACAGAUGGGAACCGUUAGAAGCGAUGUUGAAGACAGGAAAAAUGUCAUGGACACGUAUGAUAAACUUGCUCUUUUUGCCGAUAGAGAAUAUGUUCAGAUAAUGACGUACAUGAAAUCCGAUUUAUUUCAAAAGAAGAUCGCCACUAUGGAACAAUCCAAAAAGGCAGCUUCGAGUAUUCAAAAUCAAAGAGACAGAACGUAUGAAGAAGCUAAAGCCGCUGCAGUUCAUACUAGAAAUAGUAGUAUAGACGAACAGGAAAUAGAAAGUACCAAAAUGGAAUGUAACCAGUUUUUGAAAUUAGCCCUAAAAUAUUAUCUUCUUUGUCUGGUACACAGCGACGACAAAGACAUCCGAAUAUUCAGAAUAAUGUCUCUGUUCUUGGAAAACAGAAAAAAUCUCGAAAUUAGCGACACCAUAAAAGCACAUCUACCCUCUUUACCGAGUUACAAGUACAUUGUGAUGCUGCCUCAAUUAAUACCCCAUUUAUCGACAGACAACGAAAUUGACAUCUUUAAUAAGUACGUCUCCGUAAUUAUAGAGAAAUGUGCUAUGGAACACCCUCAUCACACACUACCUUUGUUGCUUUCUUUGGCUAAUGCACACAAAGACCGAGAAUUUGAUAAAGUGCCUACUAAGACUUCUAGUAACGAUGCUAGAAUUGCUACAGCAAAAGAACUUAUCAGGAAGUUAAGAAAUAAAGGGUUAUCACAAUCAAUAGAUAGAUUGAACCAAGUAUCCACGGCUCUUAUUAACUUAGCGUAUUUCGAACACCCAAAAGGAAAUAACGAUACCAAAAAGGAGUAUGACAUUCCGAGAAAUCAGAUCAUUACCAAAAUCGAAAAUUAUGUUGACGUUUUGGUACCUACUUAUCAACUCCCAGUUAGCGUUAAGAAAGAUUACUCUAAUAUCGUUGGUAUUGUAUCUUUUAAAUCAAAAUACAAAAUCGCCGGUGGAGUAAAUGUACCCAAGAGAAUAUUAUGCAGAGGGACAGACGGAAAAUACCACUCUCAACUAGUCAAGGGCAAAGACGAUCUUCGUCAAGACGCCGUAAUGCAACAGGUUUUUAACAUUAUGAACAAUCUUCUGUCUUACAACAAAACCACCAAGCAUCUGCGGAUAAGGACCUACAAAAUCGUGCCUUUAUCUAUGAGGAGCGGGAUAUUGAAGUGGGCCGAUGACAGUAUGCCCAUCGGGGAAUAUUUGACAGGAAACGGAAAGGACAAUCUCGGUGCACACCAAAAGUACAGGCCUACGGACAAGUCACCGAACACGUGCAAGAGUGUAUUUUUGAAUUGUGCUCGCAAGAGUCCUGAAGUCAAACUAGAAAUAUACAAGAGACUCUGCAAGGAUCUCAAGCCAGUAUUCCAUCACUUUUUCGAAGAAUUCUUCUCCCAGCCUGCUAUCUGGUAUGAAAGAAGGAGAGCAUUUAUACACAGCGUAGCUACGACCAGUAUGUGUGGAUAUAUUCUAGGAAUUGGUGACAGGCAUACUAGCAAUAUUUUAAUAGAUAAAACAACGGCUGAAGUGAUCCACAUCGAUUUUGGUAUUGCAUUUGAGCAGGGACGAGUUUUACCAACACCAGAAACUGUUCCUUUUAGAUUAACAAGAGAUAUGGUUGAUGCAAUGGGAGUCUCUGGAGUAGAAGGGAUAUUUAGAAAAUCAUGUGAAAGAACCAUGGAAGUUUUACGUCAAAAUGCCCAAACUAUCAACACAAUUUUAGAAGUAUUGCUCUACGAUCCACUGUACGCAUGGACUGUUACUUCUGCAGAAGCGAAUAAACGCCAGACUGAAGGGGACGAAGAAGUUGAGCCUGAAUCUACAGAGUCUCCAGAAGUGCCCCAUAAUGUUUCCGCUGAGAGGGCUCUACUCCGUCUUCGUGAGAAACUUCAAGGUACAGAGCUUGGUCAUCCGAGAAGUAUAGAACAUCAAGUAGGUGCUUUAAUACAACAAGCGGUGGAUCCUUCGAAUUUAAGUAGACUCUACCAUGGCUGGCAACCUUAUAUAUAAAAAAAACAUGCCAAAAUGUAUAUUUUUUAUUACUAGUGAUUGUUUUGUUAUAUUAUUUGUUACUUUGAGCGUAUUAAUUGUUGUAUCAUGUAUCUACAUAUUUAACACGUUCGUGCUGUCGUGUACCACAUAUGGUACAUGCCGGCUCAUCUUAACAGCCGUCAUGUACCACAUGUGGUACACAGUGUAUAUAUAUACACCGUUAUUAGGCGUCAACUUCUUCUGGUAGGGUUCUGUGGAGGAGUAUCACCACCCCGCAAGCCCUUAUCCCUUGCCGUACCGCUCCUCCAUAGACCGAUCAGACACCUAGUUAUUCAUAUUUUUUUUGAGAUUGAUACAACCUGAACAAUUUUUUUCAUUUUCUUAUAUUUAAUAUGUGUAAAAAAAUAAGACUAGGCGCAGUUUUAGCCCGCCAUUUUCUCCCCUACACCCUAAAACGUAUUUUUUUUAUUUUUUUUUUCGGUGGGUUAAAGAGAAUUUAAAAAUUUUCACAUGCGUAGUUAAGGCUUUUACAAAAUUGUCUAUUUUUUAUAGACCUAUAAAGGACACGAUAUAAAAUUUCUCUAGAUUUACCUGUGUAUUAGUUUCUUACGUUUAAUAAUUAUUUUAGUUCCUAUCUUAAUAUGUGGCCUUAUUAGAUUUUUUGCUACAUUUAUGUUUGCUUAUUGUUCGUAUUAGUUUUUGAAUCUCCAGUGAACACCAAUUGUUUAUUUUUUGGUAUUUGUUUUUUUGUUUGUUAAUAUUUGUUUGUUUUUUUUUGUUAUUUCGUUCAUUAACAAUAAACAAUAUUCAGCUUAGAAUCCUUCCUUGUGGAGCAUAUUUUAUAAGUUAUAGGAGUUAAAAAAUAAUAGAUCUGAUAUUAAGUGAUCGUUAACCUAAGAACAAACUAAUUAAAGUCGUAAUUAAUUUUUAUAAUAAAAACAAUUCGUAUAUUUUUUAUAAAAGUUUAAAAUAUAGUAUAUAAAAUAUAGUUUUUUAUGACUAUAUCUGUAGUACAUGUUACGCAUUUAUGUUUACGUAAAUAUAUGUCAUGUUUUGUAUAGUUUUAACUAUUUUUUAAGUUAUUUAUGUUAACAAUUUUCGUUGUCUAGAUCAGCGGUUCUCAACCUGUGGUACAUAUACCAGUGGUAGUACAUAAUCUUAUUUGCGCUGGUACGCAAAAACAAAGCCAAAAUCAGCACCACUAUUAUAGUUAAUUAGAUUAUCUAGCUAGAUAGAUAUAUCAGUUAGGGAGUCCAAAAAAAUAAAAAGUAUUUUGUGGUACAGGACUCAAAAAGGUUGAGAACCACUGAUCUUUGACAUCGGUUAGAAUAUAAGUCAACUGUUACCAUAGUUUAAACUAGUUUUUAAUGUUGUAAUAUAUUUUUGAUACCAGUAAAGUUUAAAUUGUUUUGUAAAUUAUUGGUGCUAAAUUUUUUUAUUAUCUAGACUCUUUGACAUCGCCUAGCAUAAAACAAAAAUGUUGCCAUAGUUUAAACUAGUUUAUUAUAUUUUGUAAUAUAUUUUUGAUAUCGUA